AUGUCGCACUUCCGGUCCAAGAUCCUCGACCUCGGCGGGUUCAUCAACCCCCGUGUUGUCCGCGACCACACCAAGCGGAAGGUUUUCGAGCAAUUCGAGCCGGAACGUCAAGCUCUCCGCUACGUGAUCCACAACACUUCCCUCCCCCAGCGUGUGCGCGCCCAGGCUCAGCUCCAGCUCGCUUCCAUGCACGCCUACACUCGCUCGACGCAGAUCAAGAACCGCUGUGUGGCGGGUGGUGUUCCUCGCAGUGUUAUUCGGGCGUUUAGACUUGGUAGAUACCAAUUCCGUCAGCAGGCGCUGGCCGGUGAACUCCCCGGUGUGAAGAAGGCCAGUUGGUAA